GCAAACUCAUGCGUCAACAAGUACCUAAAUCCGUUGGUGCAAUUUUUAUCUUUCAAUGUUCCAACUAUGGGACAGUGUUUGAAUUUGCUCAACGCGCAAAGUGUUGCAAACGAGCAAAUGUCUGUCCUUAAAACCCUUCUAACGGAUCGAAUGUACUACGUGAACUCGUGGAACAAUGCAAUCUUCGGGAUAACGAUUUACUCCGAUGCCGACGCUAGGAGAGCUGCCGUGCUCAAACUUUCAGCGAAAACACCCUCCAACAACGGGGACAUUCAGCAGCCAGCCCUGGUCGCCGCGUACAACAUCUUCGCCCAGCUGGUGUCCAACUUCAACAGUUUGCAGAACCGCGUUGUUAUGUGUCUAACCCUGAAAAGCGUUGAAUACUCUACGCAAGUUAUCUCGGCGUCGAAUAGUUAUUUUAGCUGUAUCAAGAGUGCGUAAUUUUAA